AUCUUGGGGGAGGUCGACUUUCGCAAUAUGUUUUAAUUUUUACGUCUUUUUACUGUUAUUGAUAUUAAUUACUUAUCAAUUACUGUGAACCCGAAUGAUCACACAAAUAACCCUCAACUUGAUUCUAUUGGAAAACAUUUUCUGAGGAGCGCAAUGGAAGGAAAAGGGAACAAAGGAAGGGGGCGUGGCCGAGGUCGAGGACGGGCAAGAGGCCAGGCCCAGGGGCAGGGAGAGCAGGAUCAGGUACGGAGGCCAGAUUCCGGGCAGCCUCGGCCACUCCCGGCCCCUGCUCCUGCUCUUCCAGGUCCAGUUCCAGUUGCAGUCCCAGCUGCCAAUCAGUGGAGGUUACCGCCGCCUCUGAAGGACGAUCAACCUUUACAGUCGCAGGUUCCGCGUGGGCAAAGUCAACCAGCAUCGGAAGCCAGCAGUCGGACACGAAAUCGAGGUGGCGGAAGUGGUGGGGCAGCCUCCAGGGUUGAUGAAGUGACAGAUGACAUACGAAGAAUGGACAUCGGGGUGGCACGGAGAGACCCGGUUCUUGGAGAAGGAGCAGCGCGUGGGCAAGGACACAAUGCUCCAGAACGCACAAAACCAAGGCUUAGCCAUGAUGAUGAUAGGAUCAUCACUAAGCCUGAUAAUUGUAAUGGCAAAAGAGGUUCUACUGGUCAAGUAACGCAGCUUCUUGUCAACUGCUUCCACCUCGAUCAAUCACAUGGUAGUAGCGUCAUCUAUCAAUACGAUGUGGAGUUCAAACCUCCGGUUGCCAACAAGGAGCAGAAAAUUGGGAUUGUGAAAUCUCGUAGUGAUAUAAUUGGCAACAUCAGUGCAUUUGACGGUUGGAUGCUGUUUCUGCCAGCAGUUCUGCCCAAUGAUCCAACUGUGUUUACUGUUAUCAAAAGGUUUGAUAACGAGCCGGUUGAGGUCACCAUAAGGCUUCGAAGGGAGCUUCCCGCAACAGACCCAGUUUGUGUUCAGAUGAUGAAUGUCAUAUUCAACAGAGUAUUGAAGAUGAUGGGGAUGGAGCGUAUUGGCCGAGAUUAUUUCUGUCCAAAUUUAAGCAUUGCUGUUCCACAGCAUGGUGUGGAGAUCUGGCCAGGCUACGAUGCUAAAAUCCGUGUGUUCGAGCAUAACACUAUGCUGAGUAUUGAUUUGAAUCAUCGUGUCUUACGCAAGUUGACAGUUCUGGAUGUUAUGUACGAUAUCAAACAGGACAACAGAUUCCAGGACAAGUGUGUCAAGGAAAUAGUCGGUCAGAUUGUCUUGACAAGGUACAACAAUCGCACGUAUAGAGUGGAUGACAUCCAAUGGGGCCAGACUCCAAAAUCAACUUUCGAGACGCGCAACGGGCCAGUGUCCUUCGUGGAUUACUAUGCCAAGGCCCACAAUGCUGAUAUUAAAGAACUGGGACAGCCACUGCUCGUGUCUAAGCUCAAAGCAAAGGACAGGCGAGCGGGGCAAACUGAUGACAUCCUGUUGGUUCCUGAAUUGUGCUAUAUGACCGGACUCUCCGACCAAAUGGUGAGGGACUUCCGCGUCAUGAAGGACAUUGCACAACACACAAGAGUCGACCCAACAAGUCGCAGAAAAAGGCUGGAAGGAUUCAGCCGGGAACUACGGAGCCAUGACAAUGCUAAACAGGAGUUGGCUAAUUGGGGCUUUGGCAUUGACCAUCAGUUGGCAACUGUUCAGGCGCGAGUUCUCCCACCAGAACAGAUCUCUCAAUGGGGGGAGAACAGAUUCUCCUAUAAACCCGCUGAAGCUGACUGGGACAGAAACAUGCGAGGUCGACCUCUGACCUUUACUCCACCAAUGACCCACUGGGCCCUUCUCUAUCCUCCAAACUGCGGCAAUCAAGCACGGGACUUUGUCUCCACAUUACAGAGAGUUGCUGAACCCAUGGGCAUCCAGCUUGGUGUACCUGAGGAGGUACGGUUGGCUGAUCCUAGAAAUGACACCUAUGUCCGCGCUCUCAAAGCAACGAUUCAUCCACGGCUGGUCAUAAUUGUCUGCAUCGUCCCUUCAAACCAGACAGAUCGUUACGACGCAAUCAAAAAGAUCUGCUGCAUCCACCACCCAGUGAAUUCGCAAGUCAUUGUCAGCAGAACACUCAGCAAGCCUCAACAGUUGAUGUCCGUCUGCACAAAGAUUGCACUUCAAAUGAACUGCAAGAUCGGAGGUAUCGGAUGGACCCUCACAGUACCGCUGCCAAGGACGAUGAUUUGUGGUAUGGACACUUACCACAAGCGCGGUUCACGAUCUGUUGGCGCAUUUGUAGCCAGUGUGAAUCGUACCUUCACAAAGUACCACAGUCGAUCUGCUUUCUUUAACGAGAGCCAGGAACUCCAUGAUAACCUGAGGACUAUGAUGACAGCGUCCAUUAAGAAGUUCUUGGAAAAGAACAGAUUCCUACCAGAUAAGAUCUUUAUGUAUCGGGACGGUGUUGGUGAUGGACAGCUCGAUGCUGUCUUCCAGCAUGAAGUCAAACAGAUUCAAGAUGCUUUCAAGGCAUUUGAACGACCAGAUGGUUCACCAUAUCUACCAUCGCUGGCUGUGAUUGUAGUGAAGAAAAGAAUCGCCACAAGAUUCUUCAAACAAGCCGGGAAUCAAUGUUUGAAUCCUCCACCAGGCACCGUGGUAGAUGAUGUGGUCACCAAUGCAAAUUGGUAUGACUUCUUCAUCAUCUCACAGUCCGUACGCCAGGGAUCUGUCUCACCUACGCACUAUAACGUCAUCUUCAACACGAUGCCACCGACAAUGUCCCCAGAUAGGAUGCAGCAACUCACAUACAAACUCUGCCACUUGUAUGUCAAUUGGCCGGGGACUAUUCGUGUUCCUGCUCCAUGCAUGUACGCUCACAAGCUGGCAUAUCUGGUUGGAGACAACCUCAAGGACACGCCAUCACCUAACCUCCAAGACUUCUUGUUUUACUUGUAAACAAAGAUGGGGCGACGGUCACACUAUAUGAGAAGAUUCUAACGGACAAUUUGCUUUUGGAGUAUGGAAGUGUCGAGAGAUUUCAGCAGAUAGUUUUUGUCACAUCUGUGCGAAAUAGUUUCAACUAAUAUUAGAUCUUAUUCACCCUGUUUUUGUGUUCAUAAUGCAUGUGUUUUACGAGAGAGAACUUAUAAUGAUGUUCUUGUUCUGGGGGUAUGCUCGCAAGCUAUUUUAUCGUGUUGGAGAGAGCAUCAGAACUGCGGCAUAAAACUUGACUGGAUUUUACAUGUACAUGUAGCACUGACUUGGUUACUGGUGGUACAAGAACGGAAAUGUUAGAUAUGUUGUUCGUCUCUGUGACUUUUGGCAUCAGGAUGAGUGUUGGUUAUAUGAAUAGUAUAAUAUAUAUAAACGAUUAUAGGAUUUUACUGUUGUUUUUAUGAUGAGUGUAUUUUGUUUAUCACUUGUGCAAUUCCUGUUGAUGAAGUUUAAAGAUGUUAGAGAAUGGUUGCUAAGUUUAAUUGCUGUACACAGAAACAUGUACGUGUAGGUUUGAACUUAUACUGUGUUGUAACUCUAAUCUUUUCUCAUGUUUUUGACGUAAGAAAAGCAGAUGGAACAUUGAUAAGUGGGGAGCACUUAAAAAUGACGGGAUCAUAUUCAAGUCCUUGCAUGAGAGGCUCAAUUUGGUGCUGGUUUAUGUUACAUGUAUAUAGCAACGUGUAAUAGCUUGUUGCUGUGAAUGUGUUAUUACAUGUAUGUAGCUGUACGAGGAUGUGUUUUGUUGUGGAUGUCUGUGCACUCUGUAUUAAGUGUAUACCAAGUAAAUAUCACUGCAGUUGGUGUAUUCAGAAAUCAAACAUUGAACGCUUUACAUGAAAUUUCACUACUUUUCAUGUAAAAACUUGGAGAAUUUUUCUGGAGAUUAAAACCAGACGCCUCGCGAAGAAGAUGGGUGCAAGAAUGAUUUGGCCAUUUUGGCUGGUAGACCCCCUUUCAAUGCUUAUAAAAUGUUGAGCCAGGUACAGUGAUAUUUAUGGCGGUGAAGUUGAUGAUGAUGAUAAUAAUAACAAUGGUAACAAUAACUUAAUGACUCCCAAGGAAAACAAAAAAAGGAUUAUUGACACUUUUGAGGGUUUUGCUACGGCAGACAUGUUAACAGCAAAUUUUCUGCUCUUUUCCAUAAAUCCAUUUUGCCCUCUGUAUUAUUCUCUUGCAACUUGAUAUGAUGGGUUCACAGUAUGUUGUGGGGCAGUUAUGUUUCAAGGCCCAGUUGCUCAAUCGAUGUUAAGAGACCAAAGCCAGCAUUAGUUUAAGUAAGCGUUAUCUCCUACGGUGAAUUUCAUUUACAACUAUAGACUUGACACCAAUGUUACAGCUAUAAACGAUUGAGCUACUAAGCCCAGAUGGUUGAGAAUUUAUCUGUUUCAUUUUUUUACUACCUCUUCACCAUAUUUGUUUUGCUUUGGAGUCUUUUGGUUAUUACCUUCUGGUCAUCCAGAAUUCAACCCCCAUUUUAACUGUACUUAAAGUUGGUACAGAGAACUCAAUAGAUGCCAGGAGGAGUGUCUUAUACAGAGAACUCAAUAGAUGCCAGGAGGAGUGUCUUAAUGGUCAAUGGGAAAAAUUAUGCCCUAAUGUGACUAAAUGCUACCCAUUUUUGUGUAAUGGGUCACAUAUACAUGUAAACUGUGAAAAAUACACACCUGCAAAAGUUUUGCGGAUUAAAGUUUUUGGGAUGUAUGAUUGUAUGCUAAGUUAGGAAAGUGUAAUGAUAUUGUCGGGUAGCGGAGUUUGAUACGGUUAAAGUGUUUACCCAGCUGGUGUCCCACCUGGAUUUAGCACUUCAGAGAAAGUCUUCUUGUUCUUGUGUAAUGGCAGAUAUCCAUGCUUAGCUUAGCACAUUGUCUGUGUUGUAAUGUAAAUGUAUUCAUAUAUUGUUCAUUUUAUUACAAAAAAACAAAAAAAUCAAAAAUAUAAGUGUAGAAUUUUAUCGACAAGGUGUCUAAUAGAUAUCACCAGGUUUUUCUUGUGGAGAUUGGAAAAUUCUCAUAUAUAAAAAAUUAUCAUAUAUACAUGUAGAUUAAAUGGGAAAAAGUUUUAGAA